GAUUUUGAACUAGUUGACCUUAUCUUACAAAGUUCACAAACAUUAAGUAUUGCGAACCCUACUAACCUUGUAACAGAAAUCCAGUCUCUAAUUGAUUGUCUUUCUAUAACCAACCCAAUACUUGCAAAUGAUUAUAUUGAAGCUGACCAUAGUGUUGAAACUAAUAUAAUGCCUAGCGAUGCAGAAAUAAUUAAUGCCGUACUUGAUCGUGAUUGUAAUAAAGAUGAUGAAGUUGAGCCCAAAGUUCAUGUUUCUCACAAAGAA